AUGCAAGCUCUCGGUCUGGAUGUUGCAAAGCCACCAUUUCUCGAUGGUAAAAAACAAUUUUCAGCCGAAGAAGCAAAUCAAUCUAGAUGCAUUACAAAGGUGCGGUGGGUUGUAGAGGUGACAAACUGUCGUAUUAAACAAUUUAAAUACUUUGCCAAUACCAUCGAAAAUUCGUCAUUAAUUUACUUAGAAAGCGAUCUCUCAAUUGUAUGUGCUCUUAUCAAUAGCUAUGAACCACCAAUGGCAGCAUCAAAACUAGAAGAUUCAGAAGUUAGUCAAAAAAUUAUGAAACUACUUCAUCAAAAAAAUAGAAUUCAGCUGCUCCUCGAAAAAAACAAUCUCAUUAAAGGAACUUCACAAUGGGAUACAAUUAAUCAUGAUGAAAUUAUGGAUUGCUUUCCGAUUAUGUCAAAAGAAGAUGUGGGAGAUUUAACUUUCGGUAACAGAAAUGAACAACUUAGUCACCAAAUUAUACAAAUGGGAAAAGCUAAAUAUAGCAAAGAUGUUGCAAUUAAAACAUAA